GUGUGUUCGGUUCAAACAAUGUGUACUUAACACAUUUCACUGUGUACUUAUCUCGCAUCGAGUUUUGCACCUUGUUUUAUUGAUUUAUUUAAAAACGAACGCAGUUUAUUAAGCGGCAACGAACUGUUAUUGGAGAAAAUAGAAAAAUUUCAUAUGCACCCGCGCUUAAUAUUGAAUAAAACUCACUCGAUUUAACAAGGGCUACUGCAAAUCAAAAAUUACCAUCCCAAUAGAUUUUUUAUUAUCAUAUUAUACAGUUGAUCGCUCAGUUUCUAUAGACUUUUACGGUUUUCAACAUGGCGUCAUGUGGAACAACUUUGAGCGUAUUAUGUAUUUUGAUUUUAUUGGAAACGGCCAUGGCUACUGCUGUUCUUUCUAAGUGUUUCUGUUGCGGUUCAUCGUCAAAAACAGAAGAGGGACCAAUGGAAGCAUCAGUAGCAGCAGCACCGUCGCCACCAAUGGUAGAUAAGAAAGUAGUAGAACCACCACUACCAGCAGCAGAAGCAGAACUAGAACAAGAGCAAUCGCUGGUAGCUGAGGAAGCCGCUGCAGAGGAACAACCCGUAGCAGCAGCAAAACCAGAGCCACCGGCAGCAGAAGAAGAAGAACCAGAGUCACCACCAGCAGCAGAAGAAGCACCAGCACAUCCACCGUCUCGGUCGCACCCAGAAGAUGAUUUAUCUGCUGGUUCUUCAGGAUACUUUGAUUACGAACCAUUAUACACUGUACACCCAGAAUUCGCAGAUGAGUUACCUGAAGCAGCCGAAGGGGUGUAUGAUCAUAUUUUUGCUGGAUCCAGUGUUUAUUAUGAACACGAGCACUAUCAAAAAGCGCAAGAGGAACUAAAAAGAAGGACGAAAGCAAAAGCAAAAGCACAAGCUAGAGCUCAAGCACAAGAUUAAGACCAAUACGGGGAUAGGCUUGUUUUCCUUUUGGUACAUCGCUGGCGGCUUAUAACACAAUGUGUUUCACAACUUUAUAAUAUUUAUUUGUAUAAUAUAAAUCUAUAGAUAAAUACACGAAUUCAAGAUAUGUGUUUAAAUCACGUGUAUAUUAAUUUAUAAGUUAAUUUUUCUUUGGGGAAAAAAUGUG